AUGCACCAGGUGCUGUGGUCCUUCGUGGAGGCGGGGGUGAAGGACACCCAGGCGGAGGCCAGAGUGAGACGCGUGGCGGGGGACGGGAGCGGCAGGCCGAAGCUGGCCAACAAGAUCUGGGCCCACGCUAUCGGCGAGGCUGUGAAUGAGAACGCUUUCGACUGGAUGAUGCACUGCGCUCCGGAGGCCGCAGGUCCGUGGACGGGUGCCAAGAAGCCUGGAGCGCAGGACCUCGCGGCGCUGCGGGCGUUCGGGUCAGGCCAGACGGUGCAGGGCCCCUUCAGCCAGACGGCAGCGGCACAGAUGGCCCCGCCAGAGGUGGGAUGGGUGGCCGCCCCUGGUCCCGUCGGGGGGGGGGGCGGGGCCAGUGGCCUACGCGCGCCCUUCGCGCCGGGGGACGCCGUGAAGCUGGGGAUGGAGGCCAACGUUUUGCGAGCCACGCUGACGGAGCUACAGUCGCGGUCGACCACCGACGUGUGCUGGACCUGGCACUUCUGGGAGAGGAUCCACGCGGUGGACUGCUCUCAGGGCUUGCACCCCGACCUCCGACGCCAGCUGCAGUGCCAUGGCUACGUGGGGGCUGGCACCAAGAGCCCGCCGGGGCCCUCGCUGCCACGGGAGUUGGAGAGUCUGCUGGCUUGUCCGGCGUCCAGCCACGGCAGCGGGCUUGCUGGGGGGCCGCAGUGGUCGUGGGCGCCGCCCAUCGCCGCCCGGCAGGAGGAUUCGAGGUGGAACCUGAGCUUGCUCCCCGACCCGAAGCGCGCGGCUCCCGAGAUCUACCGAGCCAUGCGCGGGGCGCGGGCGGCCGGUGCCCGCGGCUGGCUGUCGCAGGAGGUGCGCGGGCAGAGGCGCGCCGCAGUGUGGACCGACCUGUGGUCGGUGAUGCGGGCGAAGGACAAGGUGGGCGCGGCGGCCAUGUUGGCCGUGCGACCGCCGGGUUCGUCGGCGGACCUGGCGCCGACGUGGCUCGUGACAGAGGCCACGGCGCGCGGCGAGGCCGAGCGCCAGCGGGGCGAGCGCGUGGCCGCCUCGGGCAAGCGGGAUGGUCGUGGAGCUGGUCGAGGCGGAGGCUUCAGCGGGAGCGUCGACCAGGCAGCUGGCGGCAGAGGCAGAGGGGGCGACGGCGGGGG